AUGUUUUACAAAAAUAAGACCUUACUUUCAAGAUAGAACAGCUUUGAAGACUUGCUCCAUUAAAAUCUUACUCUUUAAGAUGACAAUGUGGAUAUGGCAGAGCUAUUCCUUAAAAAUCUAAAUUCAACUCCUCAAAAAGUGUCAAGCGAAUAAUCAGUUGACUCUAUAUUAGAGAAUAAACAAUCAUAUGAGUUUGAAGCCUUACCUAGCAAUAGAUUUCUUUAUUCGCAAAGAGAAAUAGAUUCAACAGUGAGUGAUACAAUUACUAUGAAUUCAGGAUUAUCGAAUAAUGAAAUGGUUAACCCUGAAGUAUUAGUAACUACUUUUGAAUACACAUCUUUAUAAAGUUCUUUGGAUAGUGCUACUUCUGAUGAUCUCAUUCUUUCAACAGAGAAAAAGAGGUAUGUCAGAGAUAAAGAGAAUGAAGUUUUCUUAAAGAACUAAAUGAAAGCCAUCCGCCUUGAAUGUAACUAUAAGCAGUUCUUCAGAUGGAUGAGAAACCUUGUGUAGAAGAACACUAAAUUCCGUAAUGGCCUCUAGAAUGAUGAAAUACUAUCGAAUUAUUUCGAGAGAAUUGUAGAUCUCUUUCCAAAAAAGCAAAAAACAAUCUACAAGAAUAGUCAAGAAUCAAAGAAAAAUGUGAAAUAUGAGCCUAGAAAUAUAUCAACUCGAAGAGGUGAAAAACCCAACAAGACCAAAUCUAUAGAAAAACUUAAUUAGGAGAGACUUUAGUAACUAAGCAUGAUUGACAUCCUUUGCAACCGUAUUACAAGAGAAGCAAUAGUCAGCUAUUUUAGUUACGAUAUUCUCGCUUAUUUAUUUGAGUUCAUGCUGCAAUAUAUCGAUAUAAACCAAAGAUUCUAUACUAAAGAAACAGCUCUUGCCAGAAUGGUACUGGAGGAAAUUAAAUACGAAAGAUGCGGCUCUCAAUAAGACAUAAUAAACAGGGAAUACCUAAGAUCAUAAAGCUACUGA